AUGCCAAAGUUAUUUGAAUUUGGAUCAUUGAACGAAAACGCCACCCUACUUACAUUAGAUCAAGUAUUACAAAAUGUAUAUUUACCCAUACUGUCUUACAGCGGCACAAGAUCAGAGCAAGGUGCCGACUCUGCCACAACCGCUGAGGAAACCCCUCGACGGGGCUCGAUGGGGGAAGCGUCCAAAGGCCGAGUGGUAAUUCGUGAUGAAUUCUUAAUAAACUUACAAAAAUUUGCAAAUCACAUCGGUAGAACGAUGCAGCAGCUAGCUGGCGAUAUCAGACUCGUAAUGUCUGACCUAGUUCUAACUGAUGAUAUCUCGGAAUUAGCGCGUAACCCAGAAAUUGUUGCGAGCUUAGAGCAGACUUUACAUGAUUGGGAGGUCACCAUGGCGUCUGCUUUGGAACAGCAGUUAAAUCAUACUCCUCAGGGAAAUGGAACUUUAGCCGAAAUGGACUUUUGGCGAGAACGCAAUGCGACGCUAAGCGCUUUGGUAGAACAACUAAAACGACCUUUGGUCGAAAAAGUUAUUGCAAUCCUCUCACAGACAAGUUCGGAUAGUUUAUCAACAUUCGAAUAUCAUAAAAACGAAUUAACAAAGUACUAUGUGGAAGCGAAAGAUAAUGUUCGGUUUCUGCUCACCUUGGAAAGGCAUUUUAAGAAUCUUGCCCACGGAGCGAAUUUUAAAGUUAUACUGGAGACGAUACCAUCGUUAAUGAAUGCUUUGAGGAUGGUGUGGAUUAUAUCUAGACAUUAUAACAGGGAUGAAAGGAUGGUCCCGUUGAUGGAGAGAAUUGCUUGGGAACUCGCCGAGAGAGUUGCAAAGGUCGUGAAUAUCAGGACCAUUCUGAAGUAGGUUUUGUUUAAAGUUAUAGCUAGCAUAGUUAUUUCUGAGUAGCUUUAUUAUAUAGUUAUAUAUAUAUAUAUAUAUAUAUAUAUAUAUAUAUAUAUAUAUAUAUAUAUAUAUAUAUAUAUAUAUAUAUAUAUAUAUAUAUAUAUAUAUAUAUAUAUAUAUAUAUAUAUAUAUAUAUAUAUAUAUAUAUAUAUAAGUAUUCUCGCUAGACUCAGGUCCAGUAGGGGUCGUCUUUCAUUGCUUGGGAACUUCCCGAGAGAUUUGCAAAGGUCGUGAAUAUAAGGACCAUUUUGAAGCUGGUUUAAAAUGUUUAAAUCUAUAGCUAGGCUAAGCAUAGUUAUUUCCGAGUAGCUCUAUUAUAUAGCUAUAUCUAAGUAUUCUCGCUAGACUCAGGUCCAGUAGGGGUCGUCUUUCAUCCAAACACCGCAGUUUUUCUGUGUUAUGUAAAUUUGUACAUAACAACUCGAAACAAUGAUUGAGGGGAGAUUUUGUAAACCAUAAAAAAACAAAGAAUUGAUUGAUCAUUUUACUUCGUUCUCUAGAGAAUCUCCAGCCACGAUCAAAGUAAAGACUUCAGAAGCAAAGCGAACAUUGAAUCAAUGGAAAGAAACGUACUUCGAGACUCGGGCCAAGAUUGAGGCCUCGGGUCGCGAUGCGCGAUGGGAAUUUGACAGGAAACGUCUGUUUGAGAGGACCGACUACAUGGCCACAAUAUGUGAGGACAUACAUGAAGUAGCUCAGGUUAGUUGCAAGACGUUCCUUCGAAACCCCAAGUUUUUUAAUCUUAUUCAGGUAUAUAGUUCAGGAACUGCACCAGUGUAUUUUGGAACUUUAUACCUGGGGAUAUAGCUCCUGGGGAUAUAGGUGCCAUCUUGUUUAAAAGUGAUGCGAGAAAGUGUAAUUGGAUGUCGACCUUAUUUUUUGUUCGUUUUCAUGUGUUUACAUACCGUAACUUGUAAGCAUUGUUAAUGGAGAUGUAUUAUGCAUGCAUACUGACCUCCAUACCAUGACGUCACAACGAGGUUGUUUGCAAGUUUACACCCCCCCAGUGGCCCUAUAGAACACUAUGCUGUGGUGCGAUAUGUAGACUAAUAAUAUAUCUUGUCAUUAAGUUAAUUUCUCGUGCCAUAGGUAUUGGAAGAAUUCUACAACAUUUUUGGUCCUGAGCUAAAAGCAGUGACGGGAGAUCCAAAGAGAAUUGAAGAUGUCGUUAAGAGAGUGGAUGGCUUGGUCAAACCUUUGGAAAAUGUGAGUAAACUGAAAAGAGAAAUUUUGUGUACAAACUUGUGUUCUUCUCUAUAUGAAGUUGUCUGAUUAUAAUUUCACUUCGGUCAUUUGUAAGAAGAGUGCCCAGUUUUCUCCGCGUAUUUCAGUUUUCCUCUGUUGUAAUACUGGAUCAAUAUGCGAUUGGAUUUCUAGAGAGAACAGUAUAAAUCUGAUAGAGAUAUCCGUAUGCAUAAAGUUAAUUUGGUUUAGUUUACGUUUCUUCCUUCUAAGGAGAACAGUUUAGACAAAUCUGACCGGUCUCUGACUAACUCUUUUUAAUGAUUCUAUAUACCUUUUCCAGGUCAGUUUUGAUCCUUUCAAUCUCCGACACUCGACAAGCUGGCGCAGUGUUAUGGAUCGUUUCCGUCGUGAAGUGGGCGCCAUCGAGAAUGAAGCGAAACAUUUUAUCGACGAUUCUUUCCAAACUCUACGUUCUGCCGAAGGCGCUUUUGACAUGUUGCAGAAUUUCAAACAUAUUCGUUCCCGCGAUGCUAUUAAUUCACAAAUGAUGAGGAAAUUUAACGAUAUCUUACUACAAUUUGGAAAAGAGGUAACUAUAUAGGGGCCAGUUACAUGAGGUCAAGGUGCAGGCCGAGUUAGAACGGUAUGAUGUCGUGUCCCUAGCGGGCCUAGUCGAUGUUUACAUGCAUGAGGCCAAUACUAAAUUAGAGAGAGAUGAUUUCGUUUCAGUCAUAGUGUUGUCAGGGUGUCCACGGGCCUCGAAAGUCCUUCGAAGUACUGGAAUUAAUUUCCUUAACCUCCACCUGUGCCAACAUUAGUGAUUUUGAUUAAAAGUACUAAAUAAAGUGAAUUAUUUGCUGGUUAAAGUCUAAAAUACGUGCCAUUUUCAAAGCUUUUUCCCAGUUCUAGGUCCUUGAAUUUGCUGAAAAAGGGCCUUGAAAGUCCUGGAAAAGUCCUUGAAUUUCACCUUCACCAACGGGUGGACACCCUGUUAACACUGUAGUCGCUGUUUACAUGAACUUGGAACGAGUUCAGAGCAGGAUGAUUUUGUUUUGGUCAUAGAGUUGUCUGUAGUUGUUGUUUAGGUGAUACCAGGACAAAAUAAGAGAGGAAAGAUUUCAUUUCAGCCAUUUGUCUCUAGUCUAGUGAUUUAUCGAAGUGUCUAUAUAGUGUAUAAAGUCUGUAGUGUGUAUAAAUCGGGCCAUCAUUGAAUUUUUUUCUUGACUUCAAAUAUCUUUAGGUGGAUGUUAUUUUCGCUCUGUUUAAAGCUGGUCACGUGUCGCCUCCUGUUUACAAGAAUCAACCGCCGGUCGCGGGCGCUAUUGGCUGGGAGAGAUCUCUAUUUUACAGAAUUAAACAUACGAUCUUGAGAUUCCAGGAGAUUGAUGACAUGCUGAACAGCGACCAGGGAAAAUUGGUGAGUCUGUGAAUCAUUUAUACAGUUAUUUUUGUCGUUUAAUCCGAAUUCAUGAUACACGUGCUCGACAGAUCCCGAGGUUUAGAGGUUCGUGAGUCAAACAAUGCCGUUCUGAGAAAGGCGUUCCGCCGUUCGGUGCUUCGGGCCACAAUCAUAUCUCUCUUCGGACACAUGACACUCACGUGAAGAGAGUUUACGCUUUAACGAAAGUCGUGGGUUCUCUCCGGGUACACCGGGUUUUUUCCCACAUGGAAUGUUGACAGGGUGGGUUGGGAUUAGCCCACAGGCCCCACAACUGAUCCUUCUACCGUAACUAUGCUCCGUGAUCAGUCUGAAUUGUAACUAUUUCGCUUGGGACAUUGAUAAUGUUCAAUCAACAUUGCAGUCGCUCGGACUCCGUAAUAGCGGUCGGCCAGCUUUUCAAUAUUUACAUCGCUAACUUCUGCUGAUCACGUCCCAUAUGAUCAAUCACAUCACCUGACUUUUGGUAAGCAACGACCAAUGCAACCAAAAAGCUCUUGGUCCCACAGAUAUUGAUGUCUGCUACUGACAAUGGUCUGAUACCAUAAACUUGUGACGUGAUAUUGUUGCCUGUCACCGCGAAGCCAAGACCCAUUCGCAGGCUAGAACCCAUAGAGAGAGGCCUGCGGAGGAGGCUAGUGUCAGACUAGUGUUCCUUAUCUUGCAACCAUUGAAUUCUAUUUCAGGUCAGUAAGAAGUAUCUAUCAGUGGCACGACUUAUGAAACAGUACGAGGAUAAGAAAUUUGAAUUGUGGCGUGAACAAGUGGAAACGCAUCUCUUGUCUUAUCUCAAGCGAAACCUGUUGACCCGAUCUUCUACCGGCUCUGCUACGACAAGAUCCGGAGGUCAUACGACGAAGGACGAUGUUGGUGCCGACGAUGAUCACAUAUCGCCGGUACACAGUAAGUGA